CGGAAGUACUAAUUAAACGAAAUUCAAAGCGCAGAAAUGGAAGGAUUAAUCCCUUAUCUGAUCCACGCAAUCAAGAAGCAAAGGCCCAAUCAUCAGAGCUUCGGCCGGCGCCUCUCCGAUGCCUCUAACCGGAGCUACCACUUGUUGAUCGGAGCUGAAUCCGGUGACGGCUCUUCUCACCGGAGAUCCCUGCUGUCCGACGAGCGCUCUCCCAGGAAAGAUAUGACCUUUACCAACAGAGCUGCAAGUUCGAUGCUUUUUAAUGCCGCCGCCGCUGCAAAAGCAAGUGGCCAUCAAGCUUCGCUGUCAUUGACCACCACCAUCAAUCGCCGGCGAUAAAAUGAAAGAUUCCGGCAAUACUCAAGUGCAUCACCGCCGCACCUUAAAGGGUCAAAUGAAUUAAUAAAACAGUGUUACAGUAAUAUGGAGUUUUACUGUAAUGCUCUGUAACUGUUCAAUUUCAAGUGUAUAUAUUGUAUGCAUCGAUUUUUUAUUCAAUUUCAAGCUGUUUAAUCAAUUACGUUUUUUAUUUAUUUUGGUGAGAUGAGAUGGCCUAAUCAGAUAAUUUGGUAACACUAAAAUUGGCUGAAUUGAUUUAUUCUGCUGAAAUUUAUGAAAUUCUGACUGAAGUGGC